AUGGACGGACACAGAUUUUAUCAUCUUCUCCAUCUGCUCUUUUUCUUCCAACCAAACCUCUGCAUCCAUGUAAAUGCUCUCCAUCCUUCAUGUGACCCCGUAGUGAGUGUCAAGAGAGGCACAGUUUGGAAAGCUGUCCCACAUCAACGACUCAGAAUCAGCUGCAACGUGACGCUCUGCGGGAAACCAUCAAAAGUCACCUGGUGCAAACUUGUGGACACAAAAUGUGAACAAAUCCAAAACGAUCCCAACGUCGUCAUAAAACUAGACCGGGAUGAUUUCUGGGAGAAAGGGACGUCGCGCCUGAAGUUCGAAGAGGUCUCCGUAAAUGACGACGGCCUCUACAAAUGCCUGUUAAGAAGAUCCAAGACGCCACUUGCGGUCAGCCACUGGAUCAACGUCUCGGUCUCAGAUUCCCACCGGAGGAUUCACAUCCGUCCCAAACACGCCCCACGCGUCGCCGACUCUCCGAACGCAGCUAAGGCUGCAGAGCUGCCCUGGCUGCCCUAUGCCGCCAUCUGCGGGGGCACGGCACUGCUGGUCUUGCUGGCGACGCUGAUUAGCCGUUUGUGUUACUGCGAGCGUAAAGGAUUUAGGACCAGCAAGCCAGCAAACGCGCAGGAAGUGUGCAGACGUAGGCUGCCGGGCCUUCCUGCGGGGACCGUCAGCGCCACGCGCGAUUUGCGCCAAGUUCACCAUGGCAACCCGUAGGACUUCGGCUUGAACGGCGCGACUCGGACGUCUGAUGGCGAAACGAAGCUCGGCCCGCAAAGCAAAAAGGGUGGGAGACGGCGGAGAGACGGGCUGCGCCUCAAAUCAAACGGGGAGGCUGUAAAGAGUCUGCUAAGCCGUUUCUCACCUUCUAUUUCCGCCCAAGCUUUAACUUCCUGUACUCGUCAGAGGUGAGAAGAGUACCGGCGGUUACCGCUCGAGUGAAAGCGCUGCAGCUUUAAAUAUACUUGAGUACACGUAAAAGUACUGAAGAACAUUACUCAUGUGGGAGUAAACGAGUCUCUUAGUGAACCACUACUCGAGUAACUAUUUUGGGAGUUUGUUAUUUUCAUGUCUACUAACAAACAGCUCCAAAAGUAUUAUUUAUCUGACAUAGUCUACACCAGUGGUUCUCAACCUUUUUGGGGUCCUGGACCCCCUGCGUAUUUUUGAUCUACCCUGAGGACCCCUCCACCUGAUCUUGGGGGAGGGGGGUUGCAAUUUGAUAGAAACAGUAGAAACUGCAUUUUAAAUUGCAUUAUAGCAUUUAUUCACUCUUUGGGGCAAAAAUAAGAGCUUUCAGUUGUAACUUAGAUAUAGUUAACCAAACAGAAUUCUUAUGCAGUAACUUUCAGAUAUAUGUAACAAAACAGAAUAUGUAUUCAGUAACUUUCAGAUAUAUGUAACAACAGAAUUUUUACGCAGUAACUUUUAACAAUGCAAACGGGAGCGAGAUCUCUUAUUAAAAUACAAUAAAUGACACUUGUGAAACAGAUGUAAUUAGAGAAAAAAGUCCUGUUACCCUUUAUAGUUUAGGUAGGUAAAGGUCUCAGUCACAUUUGAGUAAAAUAAUCCUAUUUCUAUAAAUGUCAUAGGAUCUUUUUUUUAAAGAUAUUUUAUUUUCACGGACCCCUUGCAAUUACACCACGGACCACUAGGGGUCCGCGGACCCCCGGUUGAGAAACACUGGUCUACACCAUUGAAAACCAAUUUUGCCAAUGUAAAUCUCCAAAAAAACACCCAGUAUCAAUAACACUUAUGCUAAGACGCAGUCAAACAAAUUCGUCAUUUAUCCAUUAGGUUGGCUUAAGUCACAUUAUUUUACUCUGUGGUUAACAUGAAAACAACUAAGAAUAUUUCAUUAUAAGUCAACUGAAAGUAAAAGUACUGUGACUUUAUUAUGCAAAAAAAAAAAAGUUCCAUUACAGGGAAAAAUUUACUCAAGUACUGUAACAAGAGUUGUACUUCCCACCUCUGGUUUUUGUAUUUUUACAUGUACUUUCUUAUCACAGCAGCUUAUCUACUCUAUCCACAUAGAUAUACACAGCCAUGGACACGCGUGGGCCCAGCUGGUGUCACGGAAAUAAUUUAUAAAACGGUUUGUUGCGCUUCGGCAGGUGAACAGGGGAGGUUGUGUGAGCUGAAUGAGCUCUUUUACUGUCUGACAAACUGAAUUCAGUUUUACAUUUAUCAUCAAAUUAUAUUUUAUAUUUUCUGCAAAUCAGCUGUAUUUUGACUAUUUUCCUCACCUGUAUUUGGUUUCCUUGUUUUUGUUGUUGUUUUU